GAACGUCAUGUUGAAUAUGAAAAUUAUUGGUUUUCACAAAAAACUGUAUGACGUCAGAUUGCCUUGGGUCGUCUACGCACAAAGGAGUAAAAUUGUACAAAUACAAAUGCACGAUGAAUAAAAUCAGCAAACACAUAAUAAAAUAAAAGCGACAAUACUGUUAACGAACCAUUCGCCACGAUUUAAAUCAUAGUGUUGAUUUGCGAUUUCUAGCAAAGCAAACUCUUGAAUGGUUAGACAUUCGUAGCAAUGAAUCAACGCAGGUGUUCGCGGGAGGUAGGAGUAAUUUUUAAAUGGCUUGUAUUAUUGUACGUAGCGCACGUGAUAUCACAAAAUUUAACUAUAAAAGCUGGUGUUGUUGAGUAGAGAUUAUUUAAACCUUCUGUAGGUUUCAAUCAGCAACAAUCAGCCUAACCAUGAAAUACGCUGCCAUUUUCGCUUUCAUCACUUUUGCCUGCUUGGUUCAAGCUAACGCCAGGAGUCGCUUUGACAAUCGUUCCUUCGACCAUGAAGCGUUUGUCGAUGCCUUGACAGCCAGGCUCGCCGUUGCCAAGGAAAAAUUGAGCAAAUUCUUGGACGCCACGUCAGAGAAGCUGAAAGUGAAAAUCGCCAAUGCUCAAAAGAAAGCCGGGCAGCUAAUCGAGAAACUGAAGCAGAAAGCCAGCAAGAUCAGCGACGACGUGUACGUUGCCAGCGAGAAGCUUAUCAGCAAAAUCGAAAAGCUCGAGGACAAAUACUUGUCAUACUUCCAGCAUCAUGAGAAUAAGACUACUGUAAAUCAGCCACAGCCUACCGAAAGCGCCUUCGAAAGCGUCUUCGAAAGCACCAGCGAAAGCGCCAGCGAAAGCGUCUUCGAAAGCACCAGCGAAAGCGCCAGCGAAAGCGCCAGCGAAAGCCAAUAUAAGUAUUUGCAAAUUGUUCGCGAGUAACUAUGUUUCGGCUUUGCUUUGUAUUAUAGAUUUAUUUUAACGUUUAUUCAU